GUGAGGCACAAAGCCCAGGCUCCCUGUGGAAGGGAAAGGAGGAGUCUCCAUCGCCGGCUGAGGCCACACAGGGAGGGCAGAGGCUGUUACCCGGGGCAGCUGCCAAGGAGAGACACUGCAGGGCCUCUCUUGCUGGGUGGAGCGAGUCCUUUCAUCCUCCUCCUGCUCUCCUUUUCGGUAACGUUCAAAAUAACCACGACAAAAGGUAACCCUCGCAGGUUUAGGUGCCUCACAAGGCCAACAAUUCUGUACUCAAGGAGAAACCUACAGUCCCCUCAGCCAAGGCUGAGGCGGCAGGGCAGGGCAGCCCGGCCCUGCUCCUCCUCCUGUACAAAACAGGCGUUUUGUACUCGCCAUCGCAAGCCCGCUCGCCUCCGGGGGCUUCCGAGCACUAGAGGGGGGGCUCCUGAAAAAGAAAAAAAAGAAAAAAAAGAAAAGAAAAACCCCACAAAACAGCAGAAAACAAACGAACCGGAGGCGAGGCCGGAGGGGGCUCUGAGGGGACGGACGACAUCGCCGCCAUCUUGUGGCGGGCGGCGGGAACGUCACGUCACUUCCGGCCGGGCGCGUCGCCAUGGCAACCGGGCCGGGUCAGGCCGGGCUGGGCCUGGUUUCGUUUUCUCUGCCUUCCCGGAAAGCGUCUCUGUGAAAACACGACUUUAUCCCGCCCCCGGAAAGCGGAGGUUCAUCCACCCGCCUGGUAGCGGUUGCGGUGUGGGCCUCGGCAGCAUGGACCCGUUCCUGGCGCUGCUGCAUUCCUUCUCCUGCAGCUUCACGGACAAGGAGCUCUCCUCCCUGAAGUUCCUCUGCCGGGGGAAAAUCGGGAAGAGGAAGCUGGAGUCUACCCAAAGUGGAAAUGACCUCUUCGUCUGCCUGCUGGAGCAGAAGCUGAUCGCCAGCGACAAGGUGGACUUCCUGGAGUUCUUGCUGAAGCAGCUUAAGAGAGAAGAUUUGGUCUCACAGCUGCAGCAGUUCGUGGCGGAUGGAGAAGUUAACGCUCCCGAGGAGCAGCCAGACGCGCAUGAAAAACGUCGUCUGAAGGCAGCUAUUGAAGUCGUAUGUGACAACGUUGGGAAAGACUGGAAAAGGGUGGUCAGGAAACUUGGCGUUUCUGAAGUGAAAAUGGAAAGAAUAAUAGCAGCCAACCCGUGUAACUUGCACGAACAGUUCACUCAGUCGCUCCUGGAGUGGCAGAGAUGGAAGGGAGGAGAUGCCAAGGCGAGUGACUUAAUAAAAGCUCUUCGGGACUGUCACCUGAAUUUGGUGGCAGACACAGUUGAGCAGAAGCUGAAGGAGCUGAACCUUGAAACCAGGUGAAAUCGAGACCAAAAAAAACCUUCCAGGUCCCACAGACAGGGGUGAAAAAAAGUUGAAAGUGCCUUCUGAAGCAAAAUCAAUAUAAUUAGUUCUGUAAUUAUUCUGCCAUUAGUCAAUGUGCCUUAAUAGGUUGAUUUAUGGUCAGAUGAAGAUUAACAUAAAUCCACGUUCCCUUCAGGUAAUGCUUUGUAAUCUGAUGCUUCUUUUAAGAGAUGUCAACUUUUAGAAGACCUAAACAUCAUUUUAGAGAAAUUCUCACACUUUUUUUUCUACUUCCCCCCUGAAAACACAGUUUGUUUUACUGCAGGUGCUUUUCAGAUAUAUCUUUGGAAAUACAGAGAAUCUCAGGUGCUUGUGAGGCAGUAAAAUUUCAGGGGGAGGUUGGAUUUUAUUUUUUUCUUGUGGCCUAUUGUAACUUUAGUGUGAAAGAGAGGAGGAACAGUCCUCUUAGCUGCAUUCUUUUUGAGUAGUACAAGGUGAUCUCUUCCAUAGUUUGUCAAAUACAUUUGCUCUCUGUAAAAGGGUUCAAAGACAACUGGAACCUCAGGCCCCAAGACUGCAGUGCAGGAGGGCUAGGAACUCCUGUGGUGGCUUUUUCUUGGCAAAAAAAUGUGCCUGGGUUGAAAAUGAACUAGUUGAAAUCAAAUGUCUCUGUCAACUGCCUUCAUCCUCCUAAAGGGAAUGUUCUGAAACUAUCAAGGAAAUGGUGUGUUUCCCAGAUGUUUACAGCAGCCUAUUUUUACUGACUCGAGUGUUUAAGAUUUUUAAUUAGGAAUCCUUGCUGUAAUUUUCAGGUCUAAGUGACUGUGCUUUCUGAAGUGAACAGUCUGCUUCUAGGACUGAAAACACUGGAUGUUUACAGUUCUUGCUGGGGAAUGGUGUGUAGAACCCAGGUCACUGCUUGGUUCUGCUGAACUUCUUAAGUGCCAGAAGCAAAAGGGAGUGAAGAGGUCAGAUCUGUGACCCUGCUGUGAGUUAGAGCAGACCAGACAGGUGACCCAGAAUUGGCUAAAUCAAGAUUUCCAUCCCAUGUUGUCAUGUUCAAUAUAAAUCUGAGCUAUCCCCAGGUUUCAAUUCUCUGUGUUCAUGGCCUGGAUCUUGGGAGGACUCAGUCCUUUCUCCUGCCUUUCAUCCUGAUCCAUGCCUUCCUGAAUCUGCCACUGAUCCAGGAACCCACUCCAGGAUUUUCCCAGGGCCUGCCCCACAGUCUCCAUGAUGUUACUGGGGGGGGAGCACAAUAUUUGGUUUGUAUAUCUUUGUAUUUAUUUGUACUUUUUUUUUUUUAUCAUGAUUUUCAUUCAAGCUUUUUAGUUCAGUUUCCAACCCAUUGUCUCUCUCCAUUAAUCCCUUCCCUUUCUGGGAAGGGAGAGGAGUUACUAGAGAGCAUCUGUCAUUCCUUUAAUUGCUGGCCCAGUGUUAAACCUUGAGAACCAGAUUCAGUUUUCAGCUUUAAUUUGGAACAGUUCAAAAAAUGCCCUUCACAUCUAAGACUGGGAAAAUUGCACAGACAUGCCAGGGCUGUAGGUGCCUCUGGAGACUGUCCCCUAUGCCAUGUGGGGAAAGUUCUCUGAAAUCAUUAUUGCUUGAACAAGUAGGAUUGUUUGUUACAGCAAACAUCUGAACUGCAUAAAUGAGUACUUGAAGAGGAAAGGCUUCCUUUUUGCUACUGUACCUGGAUGACUUUGAGCUCCUUUGCAGUUAUUUUUACACCUCAGGAACGCUGUGAGGGCUGGGGGGUGUCAGCACAGACCUCUCCUCUGCCUCAAUGUUGACACUGGUGGGUUUUGUUGCAGUUGGUGUCUUUAGUUCAGAUUAUGACACUUGAAUACUUGAUUGUAGUUCAUGGAAACUUACCUUUUCAUUAAGGUUAUUCCUUAAAUUAUUCUCACAAGUAUUUUUCUAAUUGUAGUAUAUUAAAUACCAGUGAUUGUAUCCAAGCAAAGGAGCAGUAAUUCUAAUACAGGAGUUCCCACUUCUGGGCAGGUACAUUUCUCUCUAGGUGCUUGCUCCAGUACUUGUCAGGUUUAUUGUCAAGUCCAGACUUCUAGGAGGAGCUACAGUGCUGGACUUCAGCUAAAUGACUAGCUCAAAAGGUUUUUCUUUCAAAGAUAGAGUCUUUGUUCUGCAUGAUUUAAAGGAAAUGAUCCCCAGACUUUUCUCCUUUGUGCCUCUAGUCAGUCUCUGUGAGCAGAGCAGAGUAGGAGUGAAGUCAGCAAGAUGUUUGUGGUGGAGCAGCUCUGCAGCAGUUCCAAGUUCUGUCUGUACAGCAACAUGUUUUUCUUACCCACUUGUAAUAAGUCUUCUGAAGAUAGAUUUAUCUGGAACAUGAAAAGAAAUACACUGCCUACUGCAUAUAUCCAGGGUAUUAUAGGAAUCAGUAGGAAUAACUUGGUUGUAGCCAAGUGCUCAUCAGCUACAAGAAAUAUUGUGCCUCAGAAGAUAAAAAACCUGGUUUCUCUAAGGGUUUGUACAUAGUGGAUAUUUUACUGUGUAUGAAAGCAAUGAUCUAGGCUGUAUUGACCUGUGAGGUACCUCAGGGCCAAUAAAAACCUUUUUAUUAGAGAUUAAAAAGUUGAUUAUGUUAGAACAAAAUCUAAUGGAACAAAGGGAAUAAAAGCUUUUUAUUGGGGGGGGUAAGGGAAAAGGGAGCAAUUUGUAAGGAAAUGUGUUUUCUUUUCCAGUAAGUAUUUUGGAUUAUUGCAUAUUUUUACAAGUGUAAUUAAAGUUUGAUAUUGUAUAAUA